UGAUAUACUUCUCUUUCAUACUCAUUUUUACUUUAUUUCGAUUGCACUCUGAACUUCAGGACUAACAUAACCUAAUGCAAAUUUUGCCGAAUUCGCGGAUACGGGACAUAAACUGCACAACGCAAUAUUCAUUGAUUUGAAUUUUAGAAUAUUUACUCCGUUAAAAUAUAUCUUGAUGACGGUUGUUUUUGCUGCAAUUAAGCCGCUAAAAAGUUUACAAACACCUAAUUCGCCGAUUUUCCGUUAUAUUCACAGUGAAAUAAUAAAAAUGAGUUUGGAAACAGCAAAAAAAUUAGCCGCAUUCAAAGCGGUCGAUGAUUGUGUCGAAAAUAAUAUGGUUCUUGGUAUUGGUAGCGGUUCAACGAUUGUUUACGCUGUUGAUCGUUUAAAGGAGCGCGUCGAAAAGGAGAAAUUGAAUAUUGUUUGUAUUCCGACAAGUUUUCAAGCGCGUCAGCUUAUCAUUCAGAAUGGAUUGAAAUUGGGCGAAUUGGAAAUUAAUCCAAAAUUACAUUGUACCAUCGAUGGAGCCGAUGAAGUCGAUUCUAAAAUGAUCCUGAUCAAAGGUGGUGGCGGUUGUUUACUACAGGAAAAAAUCGUUGCAUCGUGUGCAGAAAAAUUGGUAAUCAUUGCGGAUUAUACGAAAAAUUCUACACAUUUGGGUGAACAGUACAAAAAAGGCAUUCCAAUUGAAGUGGUGCCGAUGGCAUAUGUGCCAAUCAAACAAAAAAUCGAACAAGAAUUCGGCGGUUCGUUGAAACUUCGUAUGGCGGUGGCAAAAGCAGGACCUUGUGUCACUGACAACGGUAACUUUAUUCUUGAUUGGAAUUUUAAAACUGACAAAACCACCGAUUGGGAAACGGUAAACACGAAAAUCAUAUCGAUUCCGGGUGUUGUAGAAACCGGCUUAUUCGUGAACAUGGCACAACGAGCUUAUUUCGGUCAAAGUGAUGGCACUGUCUUUGAACGGGGCAACAAAUAAACUCAAUUUUUUUUUUAAAUGA